GCUUUUCAGCGUAUCAAGGACCUUAGGCAGUCUGGCGCCACAAUGGAGACUUCUCCCGAACUUGCACAGCUUGUAAAGUCUGUUAAUACCUAUUCACAAAUGGCUCAACAAAUGAAUAAACAGUCACAUCCAGACCAGCCACAGCAAAACGGACACCCACAGCAACCUCCUCCCACAGAUGGUCUCAUUAAUGGCGCUGCCGCCAACGGUCAUUCUGCUCCCCAGCCUAUACCAGGUCCAUCCAUUACCCCUGUAUCCUUCACUCAAGAACAAAUGGCUGCUCUACGCGCUCAGAUUAUGGCCUUCAAACUCGUCUCCCGCGGUUCCCCCAUCCCCGACCAUCUACAACAUGCCAUUCGUGUUCACAACACCGCCGUCCCCGAUCUUGAGAAGCUUCUCCAGGGCCCAGACGUGUCCUCACGGAUAGUUGACAGCGCUGCCAAAAUACAGAAAGGUCACAUUGCUCCACCCCCGCCCACCGAGCCCCCCGUACCCGUCGAAGUCGUAAAAGAAGAAGAACAUGGCCCUCCCAUCGACCCUGCUGAUCUUCCCAAGGGCCCCUUCCUCGAAGACGCAGUUAGCUCGGGCGUGUACCCAUACAACGCAUUCAAGAUGCCCUUCAUCCACCUCGAGCGCCCACCCAACGUCGACCCAACCAUGGUUGCAACCCGCCUCCAGCGCCUCCUCAUUCCCUCCAUCAUGCCUGCAGGGCUCGACGUCCACCAGGUCAUUAACGAGCGUGAUCGGUUCAUCGAAGCGCGCGUUCAACAGCGCAUCAAGGAGCUCGAGGAUAUCCCCGCCACAAUCGGUGAAGGCCACUUUGAAUCUUUGGCAGACGUCAUCCUCGGUGGAGCCAAGCAAGAGUCCCCCGACGAGUUCUCGCCACAUGCUCCACACGGCAAGCUACGCGCAAUGAUUGAGCUCAAGUCCCUCAAGGUGCUCGAGAAACAACGUGCCAUGCGCGCGCUCGUCGCAGAGCGCUUGAUUCAAGGCACCCUGCUCCCGCUCAACCGUGUGGACUUUAGGCGUGCGCGAAAGCCCACCCUCAGAGAUGCGCGCAUGACCGAGCAUGCAGAACGCAAACAGCGUAUCGACCGCGAGAGGCGUGCGAAACACAAGCAUGUCGAGCAGCUCGGCGUCAUCUGCCAACACGGGCGCGACAUUAUCACUGUGAACCGCUCCGCACAAGACCGGGUCACAAAGCUCGGGCGUGCCGUGCUGUCCUUCCAUGCCUUCACUGAGAAAGAGGAACAGAAACGUAUCGAGAGGAUAUCGAAGGAGCGUUUGAAGGCGCUCAAGGCGGAUGAUGAAGAGGCGUAUAUGAAGCUUAUCGAUACGGCAAAAGACACGCGUAUCACGCAUUUGCUGCGGCAAACGGAUGCCUAUCUCGAUUCGCUUGCGCAGGCUGUCGUUGCGCAGCAAAAUGAGUCUGGCCCCCCCUUGGAUACCAACUUUGACCAGGAGGAAGGCCCCGCGAACGAGGCCACGUUUGGCGCCCAAGUCAGUUCUGAUGCACAGGAUGACAAGGGCAAGGUGGAUUACUAUGCUGUUGCACAUCGCAUUUCGGAGAAGGUCUCGAAGCAGCCUGGGAUUCUUAUCGGCGGUCAGCUUAAGGACUAUCAGCUCAAGGGCCUGCAAUGGAUGGUCAGUCUUUACAACAACAAGCUCAAUGGUAUCCUUGCAGACGAAAUGGGUCUCGGUAAAACGAUCCAAACCAUCUCGCUGGUCACAUUCCUCAUCGAGGUCAAGAGACAGCGCGGGCCUUAUCUCGUCAUUGUGCCUCUAUCAACGAUGACGAAUUGGUCCGGCGAAUUUGCAAAAUGGGCGCCGACGGUAAAGAUGAUCUCGUACAAGGGCAACCCAGCGCAGCGUCGCAACCUCCAAGGCGAACUGCGGAUGGGCCAGUUCCAAGUUCUUCUCACCACGUAUGAGUACAUUAUCAAAGACCGACCUAUUCUUAGCAAGCUCAAAUGGGUGCAUAUGAUCAUCGACGAGGGACAUCGUAUGAAGAACACCCAGUCGAAACUCGCGCAGACGCUCACGCAGUACUACCACUCCCGCUACCGCCUCAUUCUCACCGGUACUCCCCUUCAGAACAAUCUCCCCGAACUUUGGGCCCUCCUUAACUUUGUCCUCCCCAAGAUCUUCAACUCCGUAAAAUCAUUCGAUGAGUGGUUCAACACGCCGUUCGCGAACUCCGGCACGGGUGACAAGAUCGAGUUGAAUGAAGAAGAGGCGCUGCUCAUCAUCCGUCGGUUGCAUAAGGUGUUGCGGCCGUUCUUGUUGAGAAGGCUGAAAAAAGACGUGGAGAGCGAACUUCCCGAUAAGGUGGAGAAGGUGAUCAAGGUCCGCAUGAGCAUGCUGCAGAGUCAGCUGUAUAGGCAGAUGAAGAAGCAUAAAAUGAUUGCUAAUGGAAAGGAUGCCAAGGGCAAAUCUGGAGGCGUGAAGGGUCUGAGCAAUGAGCUGAUGCAACUGCGUAAGAUUUGUCAACAUCCGUUCUUGUUCGAAAGCGUCGAGGAUAAGGUCAACCCCACCGGGCUCAUCGACGAUAAGUUGAUCAGGUCGGCUGGCAAACUCGAGCUGUUGUCUCGUAUUCUUCCCAAGUUCUUUGCAACGGGUCACAGGGUCCUUAUUUUCUUCCAAAUGACGAAGGUCAUGGAUAUCAUGGAAGAUUUCUUGAAAAUGUCGGGCUGGAAAUAUCUCCGUCUUGAUGGUGGUACGAAGACAGAAGAACGUGCCUUGCAUGUGCAACAGUUCAAUGCAAAAGAUUCGGAAAUCAAAGUCUUCAUCCUGUCGACACGAGCUGGUGGUUUAGGUCUCAACUUACAGACUGCAGAUACCGUUAUCAUCUUCGAUAGUGAUUGGAAUCCUCACGCUGAUCUUCAGGCUCAAGAUCGUGCUCAUCGUAUCGGUCAGACCAAGGCUGUCCGUAUCCUCCGUUUCAUCACGGAGAAGAGUGUCGAAGAAGCCAUGUACGCUCGUGCACGAUACAAGCUCGACAUCGACGACAAGGUCAUCCAAGCCGGUCGUUUCGACAACAAGUCGACGCAGGAAGAACAGGAAGAAUUCUUGCGAUCCAUCCUCGAAGCAGACCAAGAGGAGGAGAACGAAGAAGCUGGCGACAUGAACGACGACGAACUUAACGACAUGCUAGCGAGAUCUGACGAGGAGGUUGAGAUUUUCCGUUCGAUGGAUCUUCAGCGGGAACGGGAUGCGUUGGACGCAUGGCGUGCGGCUGGCAACAGGGGGAAACCGCCGUUGCCGCUCAUGCAGCUUGAAGAGCUGCCUGAGUGUUAUCAGACGGACGAGCCGUUUGAGCCGAAGGAGAUUGAUGAAUCUCUUGAGGGCCGUGGGCAGCGUCGCCGUAAUGUCGUCAAUUAUAACGACGGUCUUAGUGAUGAGCAGUGGGCGAUGGCUGUGGAGGACGGCGAGGAUUUGCAAGAGCUCGUUGACCGUGCCCGUGGCAAGAAGGAGCGACGCGCUGCAAACAAGCUUCUAAAAGAAAGCGAUACGCCCGGUCGCGGUACUCCAGCGUCAGACGUGGGUGUUGGGCGCAAGGGGAAGAAGGGUAAGGGAAAGAUGGCUACCAACGACUACGAUAUGCCUACUGUGGCUGGCAAGCGGAAACGUGGGAUGAAGUCCAUGUCUGUUACGCCUUCUGUGAAUGAGGAUGACGACGAGGAGCGUGAUAUGAAACGACGGAAGACGAAGACGGGUGACUUAGCGCCUGCAAUAAAGGACAAGAUGAAGAAGGCUUUCAAUGAAGUUCACAAAGCGGUUCUUGCAUGUGAAGACAAAGAUGGCCGAAAACGUUGCGAACUUUUCCGGGAGCUGCCUGAUAAGCGAGAUUAUCCCGAUUACUACCAGUUGAUCACGCAUCCGAUCGCCUUGUCCACGCUUCGAAAGCGGGGCAACGCUGGAUAUUACAAGAGUAUCACGCAGUAUAAGGAGGACUGGAAGCUCAUGUUCGACAACGCACGGACGUAUAAUCAGGAGGGUUCCUGGGUAUACAUAGACGCUGAGGAGAUGGAAAGGGUCUUCUACAGCACUUUGGAGAGAACCACUGCUGGGUCGGGGCUACCUGGCGCUUCGCCGGCUCUAGGUGGACCCUCAAGUUCUUCAGCGUAUGAUGCGCUUACUCCUAUUCCUAUGGACGAGGAUGAGCGGCCGCAGCGUGGCAGGGCUCGGAGUGCUGGUCGCAAACAGGUUAUCAGCGACGAUGAAUACCUGACGCCCAGUGAUGAGGAGUAGAUAUUCCCCUUUGUCUAUCUUUCUGUUUUGUUCUUUCGUUGUGUUUAUAGCAACGUUCAUUUUGGAGUAUGUAUUGGUACACAAUAAUAUCAGAUCACGAUCUCCAAACCACCAUCAAACAUCCUCGACGUUGAGAGCGGGUUUCUCCUUUGACACUACUUUCUUCACUGCAACAAUUCCCCUAAAGGCCACUUGAAACGUGGUUUGCAUAUCCUCCGUGUUGCCGGGAACCCUCUGCAUGAAUUCAUCGACUUCCCGAACCGCACGUUUAAGGGCGCCGAUGUCGCG